UACCUGUAACGGAAGAGACCAAAGGUCGAAUGGCGUUAUCAUUAUAGCCCCGAUUAUACUAACCUGCAGGGUAACUGCAGAGGUAGCAGAUCUAACAUCAGUCUUUCCUCGUGCAAUUUUUUGCAACCUGCUGGAUGGUGCAAGCAAUUCCAAAAACAGUUGCGUGUUUCAGUGUUUUUCUCAGAAAGAGAGAGGGGAAAUACCCGUUUGAAAAGACUGUGCGAUGCUGCGGAGAGAAGAGGCUAGUCCGCGUUGCGUGUUGGUGGCAUCGAGGUGCAAGUGCUAGCCAGGAGACAAGAUGUCACUAGUUGGCCUCUUAUCAGCAUUGGCCGGAUUCGUUAAAAUUCGGUUUCUAGCUGACAAGGAAGUUAUAGACAAUGUGAUAUUCAGAUGUCAUUACCGCUUCACAUCAGCCAUACUUUUUGUGUGCUGUAUCCUUUGUACUGCAAAUAGUUUGAUUGGAAACCCCAUUGAAUGCUUGAAUUCUCAAUUCAAAGAUAAAAUUCAUGUGAUAAAUACAUUCUGCUGGAUCACAUCCACAUACACUAUACCCCACCUACAAGGUCAACAAGUAGGGACUCAUGUGGCUGGCCCUGGGGUAGGACCCCAUGUACAAGGGCUAGAUGAAGUUCAACAUCACAACUACUACCAAUGGGUCCCCUUCGUGCUAUUCCUACAAGGUCUCCUCUUCUAUGUACCACAUUGGUUGUGGAAGAACUGGGAGGGUGGCAAAAUCAAGAUGAUCAGCAAAGAUUUGCGAGGGUCCACAAUCGAGUGCAAAGAAAAGAGACACAAUAAACAGGACAAACUUGUUCAGUACAUCAGCUACUCACUUCAUACUCAUAAUGGCUAUGCAUUUGGAUAUUUCUUCUGUGAGAUACUAAACUUUGUUAAUGUGGUUGGCAAUAUUUUCUUCAUUGACAAAUUUCUGGGGAAUACGUUCUUGAGUUAUGGAAUAAAAGUUAUUCAAAUGUCAAGCAAUGAUGAUCUGCAUCGUACAGACCCUAUGAUCGCCAUAUUUCCUCGACUAACCAAGUGUCUCUUCCGCACUUAUGGAGCCUCAGGUACCAUUCAAACACAUGAUGCACUGUGUGUCCUGCCCCUCAACAUCCUCAAUGAGAAGAUAUUUAUUUUCCUGUGGUUCUGGUUCAUCAUUCUGGCUGCGCUGUCAGGCCUUGCCCUUAUCUACAGCAUUGUUAUAGCAAUGUAUCCACCCAUCCGUGAGACAAUAUUGAUAAGACUCUUCAAAUACAGACCUCCGGGUGGUGUGGACAGAAUUGUAACAAAGAUACAGGUUGGAGAUUUCCUCCUGCUCCAUCUACUUGGACAGAACUUGUGCUCGUCUGUGUUUCGUGAGUUGCUCAUAGAAGUCAGCACCUUGUUGAGUACGAGUAAUUUGUAUCCAACACUGCCAUCUUCCCUUGAGAUGGCGCCCAUAUCUCAGAAGGACAAGUACAUAAAAGACCCUGAUGCAUAAUUUCACUUAGUGAAUUUAAUGUUUCAGAGUAAUGCAAGGGAAAUGGAGAUACUUGAAAUCAUCAGCAAAGAAUGUGCUUCCUUCGUAUAGCGAGCCUAAGAGUGUGUUGGACAGAAGCAAAAUUUUAGGAACUACAGUCAAAGACUUGAGUUACUCAAGUGUAAGCUUCCAAGUUUGCAGAUCAUUAAAGAUAAUCUACUACCAGGUCUCAGGCAAAUUACACAAAUUUUAUAGUCCACAUUUUAUCUUCAAUUGCACCUAUUUGAACUACAACAACAUUUCUCUAGCUCAGUACUCUUACUUCACUCAUUCAAUAUUCAUUUGGAAAAGGACUGAAAGCAAGCAGAGAAAUGGUUAACAAUGUUGUGAUGAGAGUAUGAAAGUACUGUUACAUUUUCACGUUUGAGUUGUCACUUUAGCUCUAGAACUGUCAUGUUCAUUAUUAUUAAAUUUUUCUACAUUUUGUUUAGUGUAGCUGUUCACAAAUUUUGUUAGGAAGAUGUUUUAGGUUGCACAUAACACAAGCAUCCUAUCGUCAUCAACCAUGAGGACAGUGUUUUAAUUUUAAUUUUGUCCUUAUACAGAAAAGCCACAAUAGCAUCAUGCCCAAAAUACAGAGUGAGAUGCUGUGUUAACACUAAUGUAUUUUUCCUAUUAAUGUUAUUGUAUCAUUAAGUUUCAUAUAGUGAAUAUUGAGAAAACUUAAGCAAAUUCAUGGAAAUAUAAUAAAGAUAAAGUCAUUAUCAAAUCUGUAUUCUAAGUUUAGAUUUAGGUUUCCAAGAUUCUUAUAAAUUCUAAGGAGAGUGAAACUAGCAUUGUAACUGAUAUUAUUGUACAUAAUUUGUAUCAUUCCAAAUAAACAUUGUUUAUAACAAAGA